CGUGAACCACGCUUUUACAGUCAUGUCGUCUGGGUGCAAGAUCGGUCCUUCCAUCCUGAAUAGCGAUCUGUCUCGUCUGGCGGCGGAAUGCGAUCGCAUGUUGCAGAGUGGUGCAGAUUAUCUACAUCUGGAUGUAAUGGACGGGCAUUUUGUUCCUAAUAUCACUUUUGGUCAUCCUGUCGUAGAAUGUCUGCGGAAGCAACUUGGCAGUAACCCAUUCUUUGAUAUGCACAUGAUGGUUGCUCAACCAGAGCAGUGGGUGAAACCAAUGGCAACUGCUGGUGCUAAUCAGUAUACGUUUCACCUGGAGGCCACAAAUAACACUGGGGCCCUAAUCAAAGACAUUCGAGAGAGUGGCAUGAAGGUGGGGCUGGCUAUUAAGCCAAAUACUACAGUGGAGUACCUUGCACCAUGGGCCAACCAAAUAGAUAUGGCUCUGGUUAUGACUGUGGAACCUGGCUUUGGUGGGCAGAAGUUCAUGGAAGAUAUGAUGCCAAAGGUGCAUUGGCUUAGGUCACAGUUCCCUUCUUUGGAUAUUGAAGUUGAUGGGGGUGUGGGACCAGACAACAUUCACAGAUGUGCUGAGGCUGGUGCAAAUAUGAUUGUGUCUGGCAGUGCAAUUAUGAAGAGUGAAGACCCGCGUUCAGUGAUUAACUUACUUCGUACUGCAUGCUGUGAAGCUGCCCAAAAACGCUCAUUAGAUCGGUGAAGAUGGGAAAGAAUGGAUGUUCUGGUCCAGACAAUUUCCAGAUUCAGCUGAACUGAGGAGGAGGCUGGGGCCAAAAAUCAGGAUGGCACUGUACUGGCCUUUGAGGCUGUAACAAAAAUAUUCCAUGAAGACUCUGAUAAAGACAAUAUUACAGUUUUUUUUUUUGUUUUUUUAACUCUUGUCAGUGGUUGACAAAUCAGCAAAGUAGUCAUUAUUCUUUGGGAAAGGAUAAUAAAUGUUCCAUAGUUAUCAUCA